UAUUCAACAUGGCGGACGAAAGGAGUCGUCUUGUGCAGCAAUCAUCAAGCAUCAGUCAUGUGUUGAAGUUAUGUGGUCAUUAUUCCUAGUUAUUCUAUAGAUUGAAGGCCUGAGCUAUUCUCAUGUUCAGAAACUGUUUUCGCUCUGUUUGCCGUGCAUUCAGCACAGGUAUUCUUCAUAGAAGUCGGAAGUCAGUAGGCUUACCUCAUCCAUCAAAGUUUAAUACUACUCGUGUACCCUUUUUGGCAUUUUGUACAUCAAAAUGGGACCGAUACCCGAAAAUCUAUUCAGAUAUUCAAAUGCAGAAUCACAGAUGCAAAGGAGGUGAAUUUGAAGGGCUUCAAAUUCUUCUUAACCGUCAAAUACGUAAUAAGACUACUAUCAAAGAACUCAUGCAAUUGUAUCAGUCAAGCAAUUUCAUCGAGAAAAACUGCAUCACUGCCCUGUAUCAUUUGGCAAAGCUUGUGACCCAGAAUUCAUGGGAGGAGUAUUUGAUAAGGAGUAACCAUGAGAUAAGGAAAGCAGUAGAGAAAUUUUUAGAGGACACUAUUGGAAGCAUAGCACAAGCUGAUAGUCGUGGCCUUUCUAAUGCUGUGCAUGCUUUAUCUUUACUUCUUGUCAAAAACUUAAACCUUUCAAAUCUACACUUCUACAUUAAUGCGUGUGUGAGAGAGGCCACAAAGAGAGGAUUUGGCCUCCUUAAUUCAAAAGAAAUUGCCAUGCUUAUGUCUGGACUUGGAAGAGCAAAGUUUGUAAACUCAAAGGAAUUUUGUUCUGAAAUGAACUCCGAGAUUGUCAAGCGUGGAAUGGGAAACUUUUCUAAUAGCGAGUUGGCUAUCAUUGUCUGGUCUUUUGCGAAUCUAGAGCAAACAUCCAAAGAACUUUUUCAACUUGCUGAGCAGGAGAUUGUUGCAAGAGGCCUGUCAAGCUUUACCAAUGAUCAGUUUGUUCAGCUCUUAUCAGCAUUUAGUAAAAUAUCUAACAAACAUAGUGACUUGAUUUUGUCCUUUGCAAAAGAGUUGACUAAAAAGGAUCUCUCUUCCUUCAAACCUCAUGAGCUUUAUAUAAUACUGAGAGAAUCUUCAAGUCUUCACAUUUCUUGUGAUGAUCUUUUGCUUUCUUUUGAAGAGUCCUUGAAAGCAGAUCCAGAGAAAUACAAUAUCAGACAGAUUGCUUUAUUUUUAAAGUAUGUUUCCAAGUUAGGGCUUCAAGGUCAGGGGAUCUUCAGGUGCAUGUCAAAAGAAAUCUUGAUAAGAAGUACCUCCAGCAUCGAAAACCGUGAUCUUGCUACAAUCCUGCUCUCAUAUGCUGAAAUGGAAAUGGCUGAUAAUGAAUUGUUCUUUGCUCUAAAAGAUGAGAUUAUGUGUAGAAGUAAAUCAAAGUUUGAACCUGAUCAUUUUGCAUUGUUUGCCUGGUCAUUUGCUAAAGUAGGCAUCAAAGCAUCUGAUUUAUUUCAGUUCAUUGGAGAUGUACUGAGUGAAGUUGAUCUGUCAUACAUGACAUCCAGAAGAAUUGCCAAAACUGUCUGGGCUUUUGGAAAACUAGAUGAAGCUCAUGAAAAGAUGUUUGGAGAAAUUGAGAGAGAGAUCCUUUCAAGACCGUUUAGUAGCUACGAUUUUCCUACUCUAGCUCAAUUAGUAUGGUCUUAUGCAAAACUCAAUAUUCAAUCACCAGAACUUUUCAACCUCGUUGCUGAACAACUUCAAUCUUUUGACCUUACUGGGAACAGUAUUGCAGAACUAGUUAUGGUUUUGUGGUCAUACAUGAAAGCAGUGCAAUAUAAUCCUGUUCUCUUUGGUAAAUUUGCAGCAGAGAUCAUCAGUCGUGAUGCAAAAAGUUACACCAAUAAAAACAUUGUUCAAAUUUUGUGGUUUUAUGAGAAGUCAAAUUGUGUUGAACCAAAAUUAUUUGAGUUCUUUGCUAUGGAGAUUAUGUCACGURAUCUCAGCAGCUUUGAUACAUUGUUACUGACAACCCUACUGCGUUCUUACACUGUCAUUGCUGAUGCACCAAGUCAGUUGAUAUGUUACAUUGAAGGUGAACUACUUAAAAGAGACUUACUGAAGUUGCAUAGCAACAUACUGAAAAACAUCACUGCAUCAUUAUCAACAAAUCAUAUCCAUGAAGGAGAUCUUAUUGAUAAAAUAAAUGAAAUAUUAAAUGAAAGACAAAUGACUAAUGACAAAUGACUAAGCAAGCUACCAGUGGACAAGGAGACAUCGGAGCAAGAGUUUCAGUGUUGCUAAAAGUUAGCAAGUUCCACCUUUGAGCCUUGGGAUAGAAUAUUACUGUAUUUUAUCAGAUACUAUGCUACUUCCCUAUCCUGCUUUACUGCAUAUACCAAUAAAUAUUAAUGUUAUCUCAUUGAAUUGGYUUUCACUUUUAUGCAUGGGGGUUAGGUUAUCUAAUAUUUCCUUGAAAUUACGAAUCCAAGGGCUAUUUAAGGAACAAUGUGGUUCUAUAUCACAGAAAAAUACCCAAUAUUUUAACUGCUCUAUUGUUUUUGUCAAUUCACAAUAAAAUUUUCUGAAGUGGUGAGCUCUAUAGUAGCCCUCUGCAGCAGACACUAUCAAGUAAUGUGACUUUCAACCAAUGGGUAUGAUGGAAAAUUUGUUGUUUUAAAAAUACUCCAUUUUUGAAUUCAAAGCAUGAAACCAGAAAUAUAACUGUUAGAGUGAUCAAACUUAAAGUGUGCAACUGUACAAAAUCUAAGUAGACCCAUUAUAUGAGACAUUCAAAGAAGCUUCAUUAGGAUGACAAAAAAAGAUUUCUGCUAGAGUACAAACACCAAAAGCCCACAAC